GGGCAAAUAAAAACUAGAAUAGAAAAGAAAAACAGCCGCCUUGGGAAUAGCGCAGUGGAGAGGAGGAGAAUUCUGCCCUCUGACAUUACUUUGUUGCCAUCAUGUCGAUACAGAAGUGGAAGGGCCAGUCACACCAAUAUAGUUUUUGGGAAUGUUGUGGGAUUGGGAGCUAUUGAUGGGAUUUACCUGUUAAUAGCUAGGGAUGGGAGAGGGAAUACAAACUGGUAACAGCAUGCACAUAGCAUCACGAAAGGUGUCAUGAAAGGUGACAGUCCAACUAGAAUACUGGUUCAUUGGCCUCAUGUGGUAGUCCUAAAGCUGUUUCCUCAUAUGCAGGUGAAAAGCUUAUUAUUGUGAGUUGGGGUUGUUUAUCUUCUGUCCAGCAAAAGAAGAAAGCUGUCUUUGGUUCCAUUUAACAAAAGCAUAGCAUUUAAAAAGCAGGGAAGAAAAGGUUGGACUAUUGAAAACUAUUAAGGUAUUUUCUGAUUUAACAACUGAAUCUUUGUACUAGAGAGACACAAAAGCAUCAGAGGCAAAAUGCUGCAAAACAGAAGGUGGAAUCAUCUUUCUAAUGGAAAAAAAGCAACUGUUGCUUGGAAAUAUGUGCUUCCAUUCACUCCAUUCCAUUUUCCUGUGUUUUGGAUAGCUGUAUUUUGAAAUGUAUCUGAAUCACGGGUGUAAUUUAGGGUUGUCAUCUAUUCUAAUUAGUUGCCUUCUGUAAUUUUAAUGUCAUACUGAAAUACAGAAACUAAGUAGAUAGGCACACACAAAGCAGAAACUGAGCAACUCUAAAAAGCAGAAAUAGAGAACAUAUCCCAGAUGCUCUUUUACUUAUUAGGUAUUUCCCUGGUUGUUGCUUUUUCCUUCUCCUCAAAGGAGUUACUUGGUGCAAACAAAACUGAUCAUUUAUUUUAAAGUGACAGUUCUGCAAGGUUGCAAUAACAUAGCCAUUGUCUUUCUUUCUGAUUUAGAUGUUUUAGUCUGUUUCUUACGCAAUUUGUUUCAGAUCUUUAUACUGUCUCCCUCCUAGCGAUUGCUAUCAUCCAGUUUGUUUUGCAUGGGCAGAAGACAUGGUGAGAAGUCACCACUUUCAAAGGGAAGGUUGGAGUAAGGACCAAUCAUUUCUAUAAAUACUUCACGGUUUUCUCAUUCUGACUAGACUUCCUACAAUAGACUGCAACGUCACAUCAUCUUGGAUCACAUUUAUGAGAAGUCCGGAGUAUCUGAAAGACAAUUUCUGCCUGUAAGAACCUGGAUGAGUUUUGAAAUCUUUAGGGAAGACUUUGUCUCUGUCCCAGAAUCUUCACAGGUCAAAAAAAUGAGGAUUGACAGAGCGUCGGAAAUAAUAAGGCCCCUGGGGCAGGAAAGCAUUCAUUCAUUUGAAAAUAACAGUGAGUUUUCAGUGAACACCUCCGACUGUGCACCAGUAGUUGUGCCAGAAGAAAUCUUCUUCAUCAUUGCCACUCUAGGAUUGCUAGAAAACCUGCUUGUGCUCAUAGCAGUGGGAAGGAAUAAGAAUCUGCAUUCCCCCAUGUAUAUUUUUAUUUGUAGCUUAGCAGUUUCCGAUAUGCUGGGAAGCCUCUACAAGGCUGUAGAGAAUAUCUUCUAUAUCAUCUUUUGCAAAAUGCAAUAUGUAAAAUGUCGAGGAAAAUUGGCAAAGACCAUGGAUGACAUUCUGGACUUUAUGUUUAUUUUGUCACUGCUGGGAUCUAUCUUCAGCCUGUCGGCCAUCGCGGCUGAUCGAUAUAUAACCAUCUUCUAUGCACUCCGGUAUCAUAACAUCAUGACGCUGAAACGGGCUUUGGUGAUGCUGGGGGUGAUUUGGGCUUUCUGUACCGGGAGUGGCAUAGCAAUGGUCCUUUUCUCCUAUGAAGCGGUGACAGUAGUUUCCUUUACUGUUCUAUUCUGUUUUAUGCUCAUUUUGAUCCUUUGCCUUUAUAUCCAUAUGUUCCUGCUUGCACGCUCUCAUGCCAAAAAGAUUGCUUUGAUGACUACUAGCUCUGUGCACCAGGGAGCUAACAUGAAAGGAGCCAUUACUUUAACUGUUUUAGUUGCUGUUUUCCUCUUUUGCUGGUCUCCCUUUGUCCUUCAUAUGCUUCUAAUGACAUUUUGCCCACAAAACCCUUACUGCAUUUGCUACGGGUCUAUUUUUCAUGUGCAUGGGAUGCUAAUUAUGUGCAAUGCAGUGAUUGACCCAAUGAUUUAUGCAUUUCGAAGCCCAGAGCUAAGAAGUACAUUUAGGAGGUUGUUCUGCUGCCAUAAGCCAAACUGGACCUAGCUGCUACAAUUUCAAAAAUAGGAAACAAAGGUUAUAAUGAACGGCAAUGUCAUAAAACUGUUUGUAUUGUCAUAUCCAAAAAACAUUAGCAUCUGAAAAGUAUUUCACACAUGGCUGCAGCAUAUAGGUUAUCCAUACAUUAACAUAGAGGCAUGAGCCAUGAACUUGGACAGUCUCCAAAACAAAACAUCACCCAUCUUUACUUAGCCAGCCUGUUUCUAUCAAUCCCUGAUAGGCUGAUAGCUAAAAGUGUAGUGGGUAUUUUUAAACACAGAAUUAACAAAACAUGAAACAUUUAAGAAACUGUCUUUAGGACGGUGUACUGCCUUUUGAAAGAAUCAUGAAAGAUAUAGUUAUAGUUUCAAUUAUAGCACAAAGAUUUUUAUAGUUACAUAUAUUUAAGGUGUGUUUUAGGAGUCGCAAGUGCAUAAUGGGUUAAACACUUGUGCCGGCUGGACUGCUGACCUGAAGGUUUAGGUUCAAAUCUGCGAGACGGGGUGAGCUCCCAUCUGUCAGCUCUAGCUUUUGGGGACACGAGAGAAGCCUCCCAGCAGGAUGGUAACACAUCUGGGUGUCCCCUGUGCAACGUCUCUGUAGAUGGCCAAUUCUCUCACAUCAGAAGCAACUUGCAGUAUGUUCCCAGGUUGCUUCUGAUACGAUAAAAAAGGUGUUUUAAAACCAGAAAAUGGAAGUGAUGAUAUUUUAAAGACCUUUAAUUAUAAGCUUGCAUCACAAGCACAUGAAAAUAACUUAGGCUUAAUCAUCCAGAGGAAAAAAUGCUUUAUAGAUCAAACAAGUUCUUAGUCAUCAAAAGCUCUAAUACAAUAAAUUAUAUCCAUAACAUUUCUAUUAACAUGUGUUGUGCUCUUUCCUGUAUGCGGGAUAUUGUCCUAAAAGCAGUUUUCAUUUCAGGCAUAUCUGAAAGGUCCUUAAAGAAUCUUCUAUUCAAGUAAAGAAGAAGUUAGCAAGCAUAUCUUGUUCAUACAGAUGUAAACACUGAUGGAUUUUUUUUCUGUAUUCAGUCAUGUGCUUGAGAAUGAUUCAGUGCUGCUCAUUAUUUUGAAAUCCAACAUUGUCAUCCCAAGUAACUGUUGAUAAUUGACGUGGUCCCAGGGCCUUCAGACUAUGUUGGAACCUUGACCAUCCACGCACAGGAUGGGAUGAUUACUGGUGUAGCAUAAUUCUUUGAUCUAUUAGGAUUUUGCCAGAGCUUGGAACCAUGUUACUCAUAACACAUUACUUUGGAAGGUUAGAAAAGAGUAGCAACAUUCCUUUUGAAAGUAGUUUUAACAGCUAAUAAUUUUGUUACUUUCUCCAUGCAAAAUAUGCCAAUUUUUAUUGUUACUUUGAGGACAAACAUUUUGAGGGGAUUUCUUUUCAAAUCUUAUGCUAUUUCCUUACUGCUUUGGAUGGCUUUCCUACCUCCAAAAAGGAACUCCAAAAGAGCAAAAAAUUAUUAUGAGUCUAAAUCCUAAUAUGAAUUCCAACUAUAAAACACCUACGGAAGAGUCUCACUUAUCCAACAUAAACGGGCCAGCAGAAUGUUGGAUAAGUGAAUAUGUUGGAUAAUAAGGGGGGAUUAAGGAAAAGCCUAUUACACAUCAAAUUAGGUUAUGGUUUUACAAAUUAAGCACCAAAACAUCAUGUUAUACAACAAAUUUGACAGAAAAAGUAGUUCAAUACUCAGUAAUGCUAUGUAGUAAUUACUGUAUUUACAAAUUUAGCACCAAAAUAUCACGAUGUAUUGUAAACAUUGACUACAAAAAUGCGUUGGAUAAUCCAGAACGUUGGAUAAGCGAGUGUUGGAUAAGUGAGACUCUACUGUAUUUAAUCCAUGAAAAUUCUGCACGUUUUGGCAUACAAUGAGUAGUGCUAGCAAUUCCUUUUUUAAAAAAAAUAAUAUUCUGAGCACUUUGAAUGGCUAGAGUGGUGGCCAAGUGAUGGUCUAUGCAACUGUAUCCAUUCUCACACUUUUAAUUCCACCCAAAAGGAAAGAGAGAGAUGGGAAAGAGAGACAGACAGGAAAAUGUCCACACACAUAUCCUGAGGAUUUGAUAUUUAAUAUGAUGUCCCCUUGAAUGUGUGAUUUAUUGCUAAUAAUUACUCAAAUAUUUAAUUACAAAGCUUGAGUACACAUGAGGGAGAUGGGUUUUGCAACACACUGUCAGAUACCUAUCAGCUUUGUCAACACAAACAAUACUAGCAUGUCAAAGGAAUUUUGCCAAAGUGCAGGAAUCCAGCUUUAGAUAUGUUUCUGCUUUAACAAAAACAACAAACUAUGGUUUCAUAAAGACUAAUUAAUAUAUAGUAUGACCUCCCUACCCCGUAUCUAUAUGGGAUACAUAAUACUAAUGCACUUUAUUUAUAUUUCACCCUUCUCCCCUAGGAGACUCAGAGCAAAUUAAAGUAUUUACAUCGGCAAAUGUUCAAUGCCUUUACAUUCAAAUACAAAUGAGGCAUACAAACAAAGGCAGAGGCUUCUCCUUUCAUUUCUGGCUUUCUGGAGGUGGUGCUCAUCUCUGACACCGGGGAGAUGCUUUUUUUUUCUCCAUUGCCUUUUCCUGCAGAAGUGGUACCUAUUAAUCUAUUGACAAUUGCAUGUUUUCGAACUGCUAGGUUGGCAGGAAUGUGAUUAUUCAUUAGCUUCGUAGCUACUGUUUAAUCAGCUUCAUCUCCGCAACCUAAUCUUUCUGAUUCCCCACCUUUCCACUACUGUUAUUCCAACAGUGCCAACCUCCAUCUUCUCCACCUUCGCAUUGGAGCCUCAUCAAGACUUUAAACUUCUUCCUCCAUUCCUCACUCCUUACUUUCACAUCCAGUUCUUAAACCCCCUUCCUGCUUUAUUCAGUUCCUCUCUUAUCCUUCAAAGUAACACCCAGGUUUUAAAGUGUUGAUAAAAUUGUCUCUAUAUAUUCUUGAUUUCUAUUUCUAUUAUUACUUGAUGUCUUACUGGUAUUUUUAAGCAAAGGGUAAUGUAGAAAAUCGCUGUUGAUAAAAGAAAACAUCUAGUCACUGUUGAUAAAAGAAAAUCAAGUUAUAAGAUUCAGUCUUGUUAUUAUCAAAAAAAAGUUUAAAAAUUUGUUCUAGAUUCAUAAAAAAUAUAUUUUGGGAUGAUCUGGUCAGCCAUGUAACUUAGGGCACUUCCAGACAUCGGCAACAUGCAAGUUUUAAAUCUGAGGCAAAAAAAAAUCCUGGGACCUGACAACAAGUCCACACACAGACCUAUCAGUCCCAGAAAAUGAUCCCCUGCUGUCCUCACAUCUUCCUUUGAAGCGGAUCAAGAUGGAGGGUGAAUGGUGGAGCUGCGCCAGACCUCAUGUGUGCACAUGCAAAUAUCUUAAUUAACACACAAGCAGAUUUCUUAUUCUUUUUCCUCACUAAAUUCAAGGCCUGUUUAAUAUUAUAAAGAUCAGAAGAAAGGAAUGGUUUUAGAGAGUUCUAAUUACUUUCCAAUUGUGCUUCCCUUGAGCCAUCUGUGUUUCUGUGGCUCCAUUUUUAGAGAGCCCAAUCAGGUGUAAGCAAUCUGCAGGCAAUUCAGUAUAAAGGGGUUUUUUAGUAUUUCUCAUGGAAGAACUUACAUAAAAACAAGAUACAGAAGCCGUGAAAGCAGCACAUAUGCAAUAUUGAUGAGAAUUCCCUUUUUAACUUAGAGUUUAGAGUUUAGAUAACCUAAAAUAUAAUAAGUGUAAAAUGUUAAGCACACUAACAGAAAACCAAAUAACAUUCAAUUACAAGAAAUAAGCAGUAUGAAACAUUUCAAAGGUCAAGAAGUUGACAGAGACUGGCAAGUUAAAAUAAGAACACGCUUGCAAAAUACAUGAUUUCAAUACAUUACACUGUCUCAAUGUGUUGUCUUCAGAUUAGCUGUAACUUUUUGAUGAUAGAUUGCCUCAAAUAUAUUCACCCUAGAUAUCAGGUUGAGCAGCGGGGGUGUUUCAUAUUGUUUAUUUUAUUGUAAUUGAAUUUUGUUCCAGGAAACACAGACUAGAGUGAGAUAGUUAUAGGAGAGUUAGUCCAGGUCAUACACAUAUUGAAUCAUAGAAUCGUAAGAGUUGGAAGAGACUACACAAUCCAUUUACUCUCACCCCCUUUCAGGCAAGAAUAUAUUUGAGAAUGUUGUCCAGAAACUGAAGGAAGUCAUGAUAGCAAGCUUCAAAUGUUCUGAAGUUGAACCCCAAAAGCAAAUAGUUAUGAUAUAAACAGGAAAGAAAAGAAGAGACAAAAUACAAGGUGUACCACUUAAAGAAGUGGUUCUCAACCUGUGGGCCACGUCCCAGCAGUGGGCCAUGAGAACGAAAAUCCAGUCCACAAACUUCCUUCCUCUUUAUUUAUUUUAUUUUAUUUAUUUUAUUUUCGCUCCUUUCCACAGAGCUGACCAUUGCAUUGGAUAGACCACAUCAGCUCUCAAUUAUUAAAUGUGUUUUUUUGUGGGUGAGCAAAUGGAGACUACUGGAUGGCAUAUGUUCCGUUUCAGAAACGAGAGUUGAUGUGAUCUAUCCAAUGCAAGUUUCUGAAUCAGCACCCCAAAUAACCAAACUCAAUUUAAAGUUGACCAAAAACUGAUUCGUAACCCUUUUGGUAUUAAUGUUGGAGAGUGGUCCCUGGUCAAAGUGGGCCCUGGUCAAAAAAAGUUGGGAACCACUAAUUUAAAGCAAUUAAGAUUUUAAGAAUUCCAGCUAAUCAAAAGUAUCUAGUAGUUUUAGGAGCAGUUACAUACAACAAGAAGUUUCUGCAGCUGCUAGAAGAUUAAUAGUGAUUUGAUUUUUUGACACAAAAGGUGAUUAGCUAGUCAGUGUUUCAUUUCUUAUCUUUUACAAGCGACAUAUUGACUCUUUCAUAGUGAUGUUUAUGUUGUCUCUUGGUGUCUUCUUGGCUUUCUUUAAUUCUGGCUGAGGUGGGGCAUCAACUUACUGAAGGUCCUCAUGAGUUGAAUCUGCUACCAAACCCUUACAGCGAGCCCCAAGUUUGAAUCCUAUACCACAAGGUUAGUUAUGACCUUUUUUAUAGAUCAUACCUUGGAAGCCAAAAAAUUACCAUGAGGGUAAGCUACACAAUUCAUUCUGAAACAUCUUUUAACAUGAAAAUGCGUGAUUAUGAAAAAGAGUGUGUUAGUAGAAUAGACUUUAACAACAGAUCUUGCAACCUCUGAGGAUGCCCAGAAUCAGAAUCGUGGAGUUGGAAGAGACCUCACGGGCCAUCCAGUCCAACCCCCUGCCAAGAAGCAGAAAAAUCUCAUUCAAAGCACCCCCAACAUAUGGCCAUCCAGCCUCUGCUUAAAAGCCUCCAAAGAAGGAGCCUCCACCACGGUCCGGGGGAGAGAGUUCCACUGCUGAACAGCUCUCACAGUGAGGAAGUUCUUCCUGAUGUUCAGGUGGAAUCUCCUUUCCUGAAGUUUGAAGCCAUUGUUCCAUUUCUUUCAUUCUAGCUGAGGUGGGGAAUCAACUUACUGAAGAUCCUCAUGAGUUCUAGUCUCCAGUCUCUAGGGCAGCAGAAAACAAGCUUGCUCCCUCCUUCCUAUGACUUUCCUUCACGUAUUUGUACAUGGCUAUCAUGCGUCUUCUCAGCCUUCUCUUCUGCAGACUAAACAUGCCCAGCUUUUUAAGCCGCUCCUCAUAUGGCUUGUUCUCCAGACCCUUAAUCAUUUUAGUCGCCCUCCUCUGGACGCUUUCCAGCUUGUCAACAUCUCCCUUCAACUGCGGUGCCCAAAAUUGGACGCAGUAUUCCAGGUGUGGUCUGACCAAGGCAGAAUAGAGGGGGAGCAUGACUUCCCUGGAUCUAGAUGCUAUACCCCGAUUUAUGCAGGCCAAAAUCCCAUUGUUUAACUUGUUGUCCACGAGGACUCCAAGAUCUUUUUCACACAUACUGCUGUCAAGCCAGGCGUCCCCCAUUCUGUAUCUUUGCAUUUCAUUUUUUCUGCCUAAGUGAAAUAUCUUGCAUUUGUCCCUGUUGAACUUUAUUUUGUUAGUUUCGGCCCAUCAAAAUGGCCUGCCAUAGAUGUGGGCGAAAUGUCAGGAAAUAAUGUUUCUAGAACAUGGCCAUACAGCCCAGAAAACUCACAGCAACCCAUUUGACAACAACAGUUUUGUAGGUUAUGACUGACUAAUAUAUUCUCCAAACUGCAUCUUAUUGCAGUUUAUCCCAGAAAUCUGUUCAACAGAAAAAGAAGAAAUUUUCAUCAACUGCUGAUCAUAAUUAUCUAUGGAAACAUCCCAAUUAUACCUCAAAGUUCAGGCGAUAUGAAUUGACGUAACAUGACCAUAAUCUUUGAGGUUUUUAGUAAUUACUGACUGUUCCUCAUGGAUUACAUAAUUAAAUUGUCUUUACACAGCACUCUGAAAAGUCAUUGUGAACAACUCAAAGUAACCUCUGCCUGGCUUUAAACAAAGGUACACAAAUCAAAGUAAUUAACCAAGACACACAAGCAUUUUCUCUUUCUCAGUGGGUACAGGAGAGUAGUAUAAACAGUCUGAUGGCAAUUUAAACAGUUUUAAACAUUGUUUGUUGCCUACAAGGUUCUGCAAAUGAAUCUUUAGCAACAGAAGGGAAAUUGGAUCAAUAUCUGAGGGCCCGUCCAGACAGUACCUUUAUCCCAGGAGCUUCUGCAGUAAACAGGAGGAUGGCCAGAAGCCAUUCCCUGUAAACCCA